UGCUAGUCGCUGACAUCUCUCUGACAGCAUUAUGAAGGAACAACACUGGUGUCCCCUUUACACUUCCUUUCAGAGGCUGCUGUUACUCCUAGUGUCGCUGUGUCUCUACCCCUCCUGCUCUGGGAGGACCUGGGCUCAGAGGAAACUACCCUGUGAUGUCAUCUCUCUCAACCAUUCACUGGCCUACGACUGCUCGUGCAGGAAGCUACUCCAGGUACCCCACGAUAUCAGCUGGAAUGCCACAGAGCUCGACCUGUCCUCCAACCAAAUCAAGACACUCUCCAGCUCCUCGUUCUGGAACCUCCAGAAUCUGACGCUGCUAGACCUUAGCUAUAACUUCAACCCCCAGGAACAUCCAUUGAAGAUAGAGGACCAAACAUUCUCCAUGCUGGAUCAGCUGGAGGCACUGCUCCUUGACGGUAAUGGCCUUUGCACAGUGCCGAGGGGCCUUCCAUCUGGGUUGCAGAUUUUGUUUCUGAGGUACAAUGACAUCAAGACUGUAACACCGGAAGACUUCAGGGAUAUUCUACGAAUUAAAGUCAUCCGCUUAAGUGACAACUGCCAAGGGAGUGUCUGUAGUGGGACCCUGGAUAUUGCAAACCACACUUUUUCCAGCCUCACUAACCUGAAACCGCUCAAACUCGAACGGAACCUAAUCACCCACAUUCAACAGCAUGACCUGAGUGCACUCACUAAUCUGAGCGCUCUAGACCUUUCGGGCAACUGUCCUGUGUGUUCUAACACCCCGUUCCUCUGCUUUCCCUGUAAUACACCCAACGGGGCACUACAGAUCCACCCAGAUGCCUUCAGGAGCCUCUCCCAGCUGCAGGAGCUGAGCCUAUCAGGAAACUCCCUAGAGCACCUACAAACAUCCUGGUUUGAGAACCUCACCAACUUACACUACCUGUACCUCUCAUUUAAUCGUCUGGUUGGGGAGAUAGCCAAUGGGGACUUCCUCUCUGUGCUACCUUUCGUAGAAGUGAUGGACUUGUCUUACAAUAAUGCUGGACAAAAUACCCACAACUUGACCCUCUCAAAUAAUUUUUCCAAACUGGCAUCUCUGAAGACAUUACACCUAGAAAACUAUGUUUUUUCAGCUCUUCACAAAAAUCACUUGGAACCACUUUACUGUUUAGCUAAUCUGUCUGUCCUCAAUUUGGGAACCAACUUCAUCUAUUGGACAGACCUUUCACUUUUUGAAAAGUUCCACAAUUUAUCCAGUGUUGGCCUCUCAGAGAACAGUCUGACUUUCCUGUCCAAUAGGGUAGAUGCCUUGUCUGUGAAUGGGUAUGGCUGGGGCUAUGAGCCAGAUAUAGACAGGUACGGGCCUUUCAUACACAAGGAUAAAUUCUACCGUCGCCAUUUGCCUAACAUUAAACCAGAGUGUCUUGCGUACGGUCCAGUGCUCGACCUCAGCAAAAACAACAUCUUCCACAUAAACCCUGAUAUGCUGCAGGGCCUGAACAACACAGCUUGUCUCAACCUGUCAUCUAACUUCAUUGGAGACAUGUUCAACGGCAGUGAGUUUGUACAUUUCUCCAAGCUGAAGUACUUGGAUCUAUCCCAGAAUAAAGUCUACCUGCGCUAUGAGCAUGCAUUCAGUGAACUGACAGCACUGGAGGUGUUGGACUUGAGUUAUAAUAAACAUUACUUUCUGGUGGCAGGGCUAAACCACAGUUUAGCGUUCCUAGAACACCUGAAUUCUCUGAAGGUUCUGAACUUGAGCUGGAAUGAGAUCAGCACCCUCACUGAUAAAACCAUGUCAAGCAGCUCCCUGCAAGAAUUGAACUUCCAGGGCAACCGCCUGGACAUCAUGUGGAACGAGGGCCUGGACUUUAAUCAUCUUUUCAGAGAACUUAAUAACCUGACGUCCCUGGAUCUGUCAUACAACCAGCUCCGCCACAUCCCAUCUGAGGUAUACCACAACUUCCCCAAGGCCCUGAGACACUUGACUCUGAGUAAAAACGGACUUGAGGACUUUAACUGGACGAUGAUCACACAACUGCCACAUCUGGAGGAGCUGGACUUGAGUAAGAACCACCUGGAGCAGGUGGCCUUAACCGUCUCCACUCUUACCAGUUCACUGAGGCUGCUGGACCUGAGCCAUAACAGGAUUUCCCAGCUAGCGCCUGGUUUCCUCAGCGGCGCCAGGAGCCUGUAUGUGCUGAACCUCAGCUUCAACCUGCUGGAGCUCAUCAACCAGACAACGUUUGAAACAGGAGCUGAAAACCACCUCCAGCAGCUGUCACUACAGGGGAACCCGAUCCACUGCACCUGUGACUUGCUGGAGUUCCAACUGUGGAUGAGGAGCAAUGAGGUGGAGAUCCCUCUGCUGGCCAGCGGGGUGACGUGUGACAUGCCCAUGGAGAGGAAGGGCAGGUCUGUGCUGAGUUACGACAUAGAGGAAUGCGUGAAGGAUGACAACGCAAUGGCCUUCUGCAUCCUCACGUUGUUACUCGUUGUUCACGUUCUGUUGGUAUCUCUCACAGCACACCUCUUUUACUGGGACCUGUCCUAUAUUCUUGACUACUGUGGGGCCAAGCUGAAGCACCAAUGUCUCUUACAGCACACAGCCUGUGUCUACGAUGCCUUCGUCAUGUAUGACACCACAGACCCGCUGGCCUCUGAUUGGGUGUUGAACCACCUUAGGGUGGAACUAGAGGAGCGCGGAGAGAGGGUUCGCCCACUCUGCCUGGAGGAGCGUGAUUGGAUGCCAGGGGUGCCUAUCAUGGAUAACCUUUCCAAUAGUGUGCGACAGAGCAGGAAAACGGUGUUUGUGCUGACAGAGGGCUUCCUGUCGCGUGGUGUGGUUAAAAUGGCCGCCCUGCUAGUGCAGCAGCGGCUGGUGGAGGAGGGUGUGGAUGCCAUGGUGUUGCUGCUGCUGCAGCCCCAGGUUCUGCGACGCUCACGCAUCCUCCACCUGCGCAGACGGCUCUGCAGGCGCAGUGUUCUGGAGUGGCCAGCAACUGCCUGUCCGGCUGCCCAGCGCUGGUUCUGGCACAACCUGAAGAGAGCCAUACGGAAAGAUCAGCGAGCCACACACGCAUCACUACACGGCACAUACUUCACUGGGCGGUGAACUCAAGGACAUGAAAGGAACUGACCAAAAACAGGAAACCGAUCAAAAACAUGACUGAGUUUACUUAAAGGUCUCCAAUUCCUACUCUGCAGUGUUCUAGACUCAGUUCCUAGAGACAUGACUGUGUAGUUCCCCUUCACACACACACAGGCACACACAGGCACACACGCACACGCACAGACAUGCACACACACACACACACACACACACACACACGCACACCCACACAAUAUAGCCUAUUGCAGCGGCUGCAUGGUUUUCUGUACAAUCCAUAAUAGAAUAUUAGGCCUUGAUUUCUGUUUUUCCUCUGAAGGAUUAUAUUAUCAAUGGUCACAUUAGCUUCUCUGUGAAAAUGCCUGCCUCAUCUACAGUACAAUAUAGUAAAUCAUGUGACUCUGUUUACUGUUGAUGUACGUGACCUCAUCUAUACCUGGUAAGAAAACAGUAUUAUGAUCCUAUUUUGGCUACAUUCAGAUGUUUUUGACAGGUGAAAACCAGUCUACCGAUACGUUAAUAAACUUAGUUACAAUGGUUUCCUAUGGGAGGACAAUCUUACUGAUCUCAACCACUGGGUGGCAGAGUAACUCCUGAUUCAUGUGUUCAGGACUGGCAUGAUGUACACAUCACUAGUUCCAUAUCAGUGGCUUCUCCUACAGUAUCACCCGACUCUGGAAGGCAGUGUUCUCCAUCCCUGGUCCUAGAGAACCACAGGGUGUGCAGGCUUGAGCGAGUCAUACUUUACAAAGUGUAUCAAUAUCAGAAUGGUUUAUUAUCAACCAAAAGAAAAGACCUGUGCCAUUCACUUUGAACUGGACUGUGUUUACAAUCGCGGUACUGAGUAGAUCCGCUUGUUUUGAGAGCUGUAUGUAGCCACGGGUGCUCAUGUGUUCAUAUCCUUUGCUAGUUAGUGAGUUAUUAAGCCAGUUAUAGAUCAUUUGUUGCCAGAAAUGGGGGAGGGAUUAUUUCCUACAAGAUCACAAAACGUGUACAUUUCUAGACAUAAAGACAGGCUUGAAUAAGAUAAAUAGCCAAUAGGCAGAGGGUAGCAUCAUUUGUCUGAUUCUCUGUGAUAAUGACAUGGGAAUAAUAACACCAUUUAUUUUGUAAAGUGGUUUCUUGCAUCAAACAACACAACAACAUUUUCUGAACAACUCCUUGUAUGAAGGAUUAAAACAAAAAAAACGUGUCUGGACCAAAGAAACAGGAGUUCUACAAGACGACUCACUGCUCUCUGUACGUUAAAACAAACCUGCAGAAAUGCAGACUAGGGCCAAGAUGGCGCCGACAGACAUGGCAGCUCUGCUUCUAACUCCUAAGCAACUUUGCAAUAAUGUUUGACAUUUUUGUGUGUGUUAUACAAGCAUUUCGCUACACCCGCAAUAACAUCUGCUAAAUAUGUGUAUGCGACCAAUAUUUUGGGGAUUUGAUUUGACAAACAUACGCAGUACACACAUAUAUGAUCUUUGAUAUAAAUACAUACUCUUCGUUAUACACAUACAGAAGACACAUACACAUACAUUUGUAUAUAUCUCUGUAGAAAUCUUUAUUUAAAAACCUUGUUAUUAUAACUGGCAACAUAGUCCUGGAGGCUAGUGUGUCCCUGUGCUGAUCUUGUACAGGUGUCCAGGUAUCCAGGUAUCUAGUCGGAGGAAAGAACACACGUCUCCAGAAGGGAAUCUUUCUAUUUUAAUAAUCCAGACUGUGUUAUGUUAUACCAUCACCUACUAUAGGUCUAUGGCCACUGACAGUGCCUUGUGUCAAUUUAGAACGGUUGACUAAAUCAGUCAAUGGUUCCCAAUUCUCUCCUUAGGGACCCCCAGCUGUUCCAGAGGUAAUUCACUUGAUUCAAUUUGCCAAUCAACAAAAUAACACUGUGGAAUUUUAACAAUAUAAUAUGACUGACAAGAAUUUAAAUUUAAAAAAAACCUGAGAAAUGUUCUUUAUAGAACCAUUCUCUGCAAAGGUUGUAUAAAGAACCAUAAAAAAGGGUACUAUAUAACCCCAAAAAAGGUUGUAACUAUAGCGGAACCCUUUUUGGUGCUGUAUAGAACCUUUUUAAAUGGUUCUUUAUACAAUAUAACCUUAGGAAAGCUUUCUUUAUAGCACCAUACAGGUUCCAUUUAGAACCUUAUGAGCAUGGUUCUUCAUUGAACCUUCAAAAAGGGUUCUAUAUAGCACCAAAACGGGUUCUGCUGUGUUUACAAUCCAAUAACCCCUAUCUGGUACUAUUUAGAACACAUUUUGUUGUGUGUAUAACUAGGUUUCCAUUCAAUUGGCAACAUAUUUUCAUGUGAAUAUAAAAAAAGACACGAGAUCUUCAGUUUCUUGGCAAUUUCUCGCAUGGAAUAGCCUUCAUUUCUCAGAACAAGAGAAGACUGAAAAGACUUUCAGAAGAAAGUUCUUUGUUUCUGGCCAUUUUGAGCCUGUAAUCGAACCCACAAAUGCUGAUGCUCCAGAUACACAACUCUUCUAAAGAAGACCAGUUUUAUAGCUUUUACGAAGUUACGAACAGUUUUCAGCUGUGCUAACACAAUUGCAGAAAUGUUUUCUAAUGAUCAAUUAUCCUUUUAAAAUGCUAAACUUGGAUUAGCGAACACAACGUGCCAUUGGAAAACAGUACUGAUGGUUGCUUAUAAUGGGCCUUUGUACGCCUAUGUAGAUAUUCCAUAAAAAAUCUGCCAUUUCCGGCUACAAUAGUCAUUUACAACAUUAACAAGGACAUUUCUAAGUGACCCCAAACUUUUGAAUGGUAGUGUACAUAUGAGAUGAAUAAUGUAAUAUAUGCAAACAUUAUUAAAGUGGCAUUAUUUAAAGUGACUAGUGAUCCAUUUAUUAAAGUAGCCAAUGAUUUGAGUCUUUGUGUUGGCAGCAGCCUCUCUGAGUUAGUGAUUGCUGUUUAACAGUCUGAUGGCCUUGAGAUAGAAGCUGUUUUUCAGUUUCUCUGUCCCAGCAUUGAUGCACCUGUACUGACCUCACCUUCUGGAUGGUAGCAGGGUGAACAGGCAGUGGCUCGGGUGGUUGUUGUCUUUGAUGAUAUUUUUGGCCUUCCUGUGACAUCGGGUGCUGUCGGUGUCCUGGAGGGCAGGUAGUUUGCCCCUGGUGAUGCGUUGUGCAGACCGCACCACCCUCGGGAGAGCCUUGCGUUUGAGGGCGGUGCAGUUGCCGUACCAGGCAGUGAUACAGCCCGACAGGAUGCUCUCAAUUGUGCAUCUGUAAAAGUUUGUCAUGGUUUUAGGUGACAAGCCACAUUUCUUCAGCCACCUGAGGUUGAAGAGGCGCUGUUGCGCCUUCUUCACUACACUGUCUGUGUGGGUGAACUAUUUCAGUUUCUCUGUGAUGUGUAUGCCGAGGAACUUAAAACUUUCCACCUUCUCCACUACUGUCCCGUCGAUGUGGAUAGGGGGGUGCUCCCUCUACUGUUUCCUGCAGUCCACGAUCAUCUCCUUUGUUUUGUUGACAUUGUGUGAGAGGUUGUUUUCCUGACACCACACUCCAAGUGCUCUCACCUCCUCCCUGUAGGUUUCGUCGUUAUUGGUAAUCAAGACUGGAAUAGAGAGCGAAUUAAUAUAUCCGUAAAGACACCAGCUGGUUUGCGCAUGCUCUGAGGACGCGGCUAGGGAUGCUGUCUGGGCCAGUAGCCUUGUGAGGGUUAACACGUUUAAAUGUGUUACUCACGUCGGCCACGGAAAAGGUGAGGGGGGCCCGUAGUCAUUGGUAGUGGGCCACGUCAGUGACACUGUAUUAUCCUCAAAGUGGGCAAAUAAGGUGUUUAGUUUGUCUGGAAGCAAGACGUCGGUGUCCGUGACUUGGCUGGUUUUCUUUUGUAAUCCGUAAUUGCCUGUUGACCCUGCCACAUAGGUCUUAUGUCUGAGCCGUUGAAUUGCGACUCCACUUUGUCCCUAUACCGACAUUUUGCUUGCUUGAUUGCCUUGCGGAGGGAAUAACUACACUGUUUAUAUUCGGCCAUAUUCCCAGUCAUCUUUCCAUGGUUAAAUGCGGGGGUUCGCGCUUUCAGUUUUGUGUGAAUGCUGCCAUCUAUCCACAGUUUCUGGUUAGGGUAGGUUUCAAUAGUCACAGUGGGAACAACAUCUCCAAUGCACUUCCUUAUAAACUCACUCACCGAGUUUGCGUAUACAUCAAUGUCAUUCUCUGAGGCUGCCAUAACAUUUCCCAGUCCAUGUGAUCAAAACAAUCUUGAAGCGCAGAUUCCGAUUGGUCAGACCAGCGUUGAAUGGUUCUAGACAUGGGUACAUCCCGUUUGAGUUUCUGCCUAUAGGACGGUAGGAGCAAAAUGGAGUUGUGAUCAGAUUUUCCGAAGGGAGGGCAGGAAAGGGCCUUGUAUGCAUCGCGGAAGUUAGAGUAGCAGUGAUCCAGUGUAUUGCCUGCGCAAGUGCUGCAAUCAAUAUGCUGAUAGAAUUUAGGUAACCUUGUUCUCAAAUUUGCUUUGUUAAAAUCCCCAGCUACAAAAAAAUGAAGCCUCAGGAUAUAUGGUUUCCAGUUUACAUAGAGUCCAGUGAAGUUCCUUGAGGGCCGUUGUGGUAUCUGCUCGAGGGGGGAUGUACACAGCUGUGACAAACACUGACAAUAAUUAUUUUGGGAGAAAAUAUAGACUGCAUUUGAUUGUAAGGAAUUCUAGGUCAGGUGAACAGAAGGACUUGAGUUCUGUAUGUUGUUAUGAUUACACCAUGAGUCGUUAAUCACGAAGCAUACACCCCCGCCCUUCUUCCUCCCAGAGAGGUUUAUUUAUGUCGGCGUGAAGCAUGAAGAAACCUGGUGGCUGUGCCAACUCUGACAACAUAUCCUGAGAGAGCCAUACUUCCGUGAAACAGAGAAUGUUACAAUCUCUGAUGUCUCUCUGGAAGGCAACCCUUGCCCUAAUUUCGUCCACCUUGUUGUCUAGAGACUGGACAUUGGCGAGUAAUAUUAAUAUACUCGUAAGCGGUGGGUGGUGUGCACACCUUCGAAGCCUGACCAGGAGGCCGCUCCGUCUACCUCUUCUGCGGCAACAUUUUUUGGGUCGGCCUCUGGGAUUAGAUCCAAUGUCCUGGGUGGUGGUCAGAACAAAGGAUCCGCUUCGGGAAAGUCGUAUUCCUGGUCGUAAUGUUGGUAAGUUGACGUCGCUCUUAUAUCCAAUAGUUCCUUCUGGCUGUAUAUAAUAACACUUAAUAUUUUCUGGGCUAACAAUGUAAGAAAUAAUACAUAAAAAACUAAAUACUGCAGUUUCCUAAGGACUCGAAGCGAGGCGACCAUCUCUGUCGUUUGCCAUCUUGCAAUAUUUGCGCAAUAAAGGCGUUUCCAUCGCCAUUUCUUCAAUAAUUAACUUUACCAACACAAAAAGAUCCCACCAUGUCGAAAGAACACAUGAUCUCUCUGCAUUUAUAAAAUUGUACCGAAACAACCUGUUUCCAUCAUAGCUGUUGUGAUUUUUUAAAAAUACGAUAUGACUUUACUCGCAUAAAAACUGUAGAUGUAAACGUGGUUUAUUAAGCAGAGAGAGAACAGCACACCCAGAGCCAUAUAUUUAGAUUAUGGCUCUGCGCAUGUAGCGCCACCCCAGUAGCAGGAAAUGUUCCCACGAUCCUUCCGCCUCUGAGCACACCCACAGUAAGACUCUCUAUACAAAUGAUUUUUGCUCCAGUUACAUGGUCUUUUAUAUACUGUUUCAGGCAGACCAUACAGAAUUCCUUCAGCAUCAGGCAUUAACAGUCACAGCGGUACAACAGUAAUUUAUGAACAUGGUCUAUGCAGACAGAGACAGAAAAUUAAACAUUACAAAUGUAUUUCACAGUCACCAACAUUAUCAGAGGAUGAUCUCAUGAUUUUGGCUUCAGCCAACCGAGCUCAUGUUGUAAACCUGCUAUUCCUCUACUGAUUCUUUAUUAAAACAAAGCAUAUACUUUUCCAGGUGUGAGUCUCUGUCCUCUUUAUUUCAUCGGGUACUUUUUGUGGACACCACCAACGUGUGCAGUGACCUCACUCUAUGGUAAACCUGUGGUCAUAAACCUUUCACGGACGUGUUCUCCGAUAAGAGCACACUGUCAGUUCACAUUCAACCCAUGAUCAGCCAAUGAAUGUUUAUAAACACACACAUCACAGGUUAAACUCCUGAUCAGGUCAAAUCACAUGAGAACCAGGACGAAACCUUUGAUGGAGUUGAUGUUAAAGAAAAAGACUAUUCUUGGGAUAAAUGCAAAUACACGCCUUUGUACUGACUUCGGGAUGCGACGCACACUCAUGCAACACACACAAUGACUAUGCACUCCACAUAUCACAUACACAAAUGCCCUUUCUCACAGGUUCAGAUUCAUGCGAGACACUGACAUUGUAAAAUAACCUUCAGCAUUCUAAGUUAGAAUGCAUUGACUCCCUAGAUGAUUCUGCUAGCAGUCCAAGUUCAGUCAAAUCAAAUCAAAUUGUAUUUGUCACAUGCGCCGAAUACAAGUGUAGACUUUACCGUGAAAUGCUUACUUACAAGCCCUUAACCAACAGUGCAGUUCAAGAAGAAAAUAUUUACCAAGUAGACUAAAGUAAAAA